GUUUGGAUAGCUGUAUUUGCUUAUCGAUUCAGAAUAAAACAUUCCUCUGUAAUGAAUUAAACUUUCAUUUUCGUUGAAAAAUAUCACUUAAAUUCUUUUUUAAAAUUUCAAUUUCUAAAAUAUUAAAAAUUAGAGUCAAUUUUGUAUAAAAAAGUUAAGAUACUUUGAAUCAGAAACUUUGUUACCACUCUACUUUAUCGUCUGUACUAGAGAAUAAAACUUUUACGUGUGUUUCUUAAAAAAAGAGUCGGUUUUACGGUUUCUCCGGCCGACACGUUUAUGUUUAUUUUUAAGUAAUAUGUUAACAUUGAUCUCUAAAUAUUAUAUUUAUUAACCGUAUUUAAAAUUAACGAGUAUGAUACCAUCUAUUUUAAUAGUAUUAUUACAAAGUAUUAUACCUGUGUUGUUUAUGACUCAUGGUGCUGAUGCAAAAGCAGUUAGUCUCACUGAAGAUAAUUUUGAUCAAUAUGUCAAAAACCAUGAGCUGGUGUUCCUUAAUUUCUAUGCAGAUUGGUGUAGAUUUAGUCAGAUGCUAGGACCUAUUUUUGAUGAAGCUGCUGAACAAAUAGCUAAAGACUAUGAUGUCAAAAAAGUUUUGUUUGGAAAAGUGGAUUCUGUUAGUGAGUCAAAUCUUGCUCAAAGGUUUAAGAUUUCUAAGUAUCCAACUUUGAAACUGCUUAGAAAUGGGAAACUGAUGAAACGUGAAUAUCGUGGCCAGAGAUCCUUAGAAGCCCUCGUUGAACAUAUAAGAGAUUUGAUGAAAGAUCCAGUGAAAGAGUUGGAAACAGUUGAAGACAUCCAAAAUGUUGAUGCCAACAAAAGAAAAGUUGUUAUUUAUAUCCCAGAUAAAAGCUUGCACGAAUAUGAUGUCUACUUAAAAGUUGCCAUGGAUUUAAGAGAUGACUGCCAAUUUUAUAUUGUUAAGGGGCCUUUGGGUGAGUCUUCUAUAUCACCAGAAAAGAAAGCAAAAAUUAUAUUUAGCCCAUCAAAAUCUAAAGUAGGUGCAAACGAUGAAGAAUACAUUGGUGUUUACCAAAGUUAUGAUGAGUUAAGCGCUUGGAGCACAAACAGAUGUAUUCCAUUAGUAAGAGAAAUAACUUUUGAAAAUGCUGAGGAGUUAACAGAAGAAGGUUUACCAUUCUUAAUCUUAUUCCAUCACCCAGAUGAUACAGACAGCCCUAAAGCCUUUACUAAUGCAGUACAAAGUCAACUUCUGGAUGAUAGAACACUUGUUAACUUUUUAAUUGCUGAUGGAAUGAAGUUUGCACAUCCUCUUCAUCAUCUUGGAAAAACUCAAAAGGAUCUGCCUCUAGUUGCUAUUGAUAGUUUUCGACAUAUGUACUUAUUUCCAAAUUAUGAGGAUAUUAAUGUACCUGGUAAAUUAAAGGAAUUUGUAUUGGACUUAUUUUCUGGAAAACUGCAUCGAGAAUUCCAUUAUGGUCCAGAUCCUGUUAGUGAGGUUUCGAUGCAGGAAUUAAUAGAUGCAGGUGUUGCAUUGUUACAAAACAUUAUUUCGACAAAGCCCCCGGAAUCUACAUUUAGGAAACUUGCCCCAUCUAGAAAUCGUUACACUUUAUUAAAAGACGAAUUGUGAUACAAAAGUGAUGACUUAAUGUCUUUUCCUGGAAAAUGAGAUAAGUUGAAAGGAAGUCUUUCAUAGCACACAAGUCACAUGAUAAUAAAUUCAAUGCAUCCUUCAUCUCAGAUCAGCAAACGGUUCUGGUGUUGUUUGUUCACUGCUUACAGCAUAACUCUCAUACCUAGCUAACAAAUCUAUAGACCUGAAAUUUCAUUGUACUCAAAAUACUCUGUUGUACAUUUUUUUCACAGAGAAUGACGGUUUUUCUAUUUAUUCAAUACAGAAUUUUGUUUUAUUGUUUGUUAUUCAUUGUAGUGUUUAUAAAAAAAGUGUGAUUUUCUUUUGGGGGAAUUUUUUCUAUACAUCACUAUGCAAUUUUAUGGUGUUACUUUGAUUAUUUACCAAGUUAUAUUUAAAUAAACUUACUCUACACUGUUACCUCAUAGGUGUGAACAGUCGCCUUAUCACUAAUUUUCUAAUAUGCAAUCUUUAAGUGUACAUAUGUUUAAGUAAGUAGCCUGUUUUUCAUAAAACAUUUUGUUAUUUCUUCAAAAUCAUUGAGUUUGUUCAACAUGUACAUAAAAAUCAAAACCUUAUAACAGUAUCCUAUGUAUAAAUUUGACUCCUAAAAAUGCUAGUAAUCUAGUGUUAAAUAGUAUUGUAAAUAAUUGCUAUUUUAUUUUUACUAUGUAGCUAUAUUUUGUAUAUACUUAUCUUAAAUUGAAUCGAAUAAGUCAGUUUCACUAAAUUCUAAUUUGGUAGUGUAAUGUUGAAUUAUGGUAGAAACUUAGAAGUUAUUUUUUUAUUAUAUUUUUUGACAGUAAUCUUUGAACUACUUACAUUGAAACUUAAUAAGCCGACUUAAAUGAUAUUUCUUUUUUCGUCAGUUGAGUAUAACAGCCAACUAUUGCUGAAAAGUGUUUCGUUAUGCUUUCUGGUUUGAAUUAUUGUAUUUUAAAUAUGUAUUUUUGUAACUAAUGCUCUACAAUUUUUGUUUUUGAUUAGAUUAUUCUGACUACUUGAGCAAAUAUGUACAUUUACCCCUCUGUUUUCUUAUAAGACCUGUUACAUGUCAGUAAAAAAUAUGCAAAAAAAUUUUUGUCAGUACUUGUUCAUUUUGACUACUUGAACAAUUAUGUAUGUUUACACCUCUACCUUCUUUAAAUCUGUUACAAGCCAGUACAAAAUAUACAAAAAAAUUUGUAUCGGUACUUAUUCAAUCUGACUACUUGAACAAGUAUGUAAAUUUACACCUCCACAUCCCUAUUAAACCUGUAAACAAGCCAGUAAAAUAAAUGCAAAAAUUUUUGUAUCAGUACUGAUGCCAGAAUGAGUAUUAACUGUAGAACUGACUGCGGAAUAUAAGACAUUGUAGAAAAUCAUCUCAGAAAAAAGGUGAACUCAAACUGUAAAAUUUGUAGUCACCUUUCUGCAAGCUGAUAUUUAUAUAUUUUAUUCCUCUAAAUUUCAAGAAUUACGCAGAGGUAUCUUGUUAAUUGUGCAUGUUAUGAGAAAUGGUUCUAAACAUUUUUAUAAUGAUUCUUCAUCCCUGUCAAAUAUAAUUACAAUAUACUGAACAGAUUUUCUGAAUAGUGCAGUAAUAAAAAGGAUGAUUGACUGCAAUUGUAUGUAGCAAAUGUUGAAAGAAUAUUUAUUUGAAAGCUUUUUUUAUUUAAAAAAAAGUUUCAUUUUCUGUAUUCCUAUUUAAAUCUAAGAUUACUAACUUAGCCUUAGAAUACUUUUCCAAUUUAGUUUCAAUUGUGGGCCGCUUUAAAGAAAUUAUCAGGGAUUGAAAAAGCUCUUAUUAAUAAAAACGUAAAAUUAUAUUGUGAAAAAAGAUAAAAGAUAAUGUACAUUGUUUUUUUAAUAUACUCUUUUUUUUCUUUCUUUUUUUUCAAAAUGGAUUUUCCUUAUAAAAUUCAGAAUUAACAUAAGUAAAGGUAUUUUUAAUGAAUGAUUCUCACUUAAAAUUACGUCAUGUACUACAUGGGCCAUUAGAAAACACCCGUUUACGUAGAUCUACAAUUCAAACAAGCUCUUUUCUUGUCAUAAUGAAGAUUCAUCAUUUUUAAACUCUUAAAAAGAAUUUCUCUGUCUUUCAAAUGCUGUAACUCUUAAGAAAGAAAUAUCCUUAAUCAAUUAUUUAAAAAGUAUUAAUUUACAUUUUUACUACAAUAUUUUAUUUAGUCAAGAGUUCCUACUUCAUUUUUUAUUUAUUGCUUGUGAUUUGUUUCAUUUUUAGUUUCCCCUGUUAAUUCAUUUAUACAUGUAGAUCAUGUUAAUUUUGAAUUUUCAAUGGUGAGAGGUUUAUUUUUUCAAUUAAUGGUAUUUAUUUUCUAAUAUUAACUACUCAAUGUCCAUAUUUGUCUAGUUAUUAAAAAAUAUUAAAAAUU